CACACAGAAUGUUGUCCUGUUUCGGGAAGCUCAUAUAUAAUUCGAACCACAAAAAAGCCACAUCGCAUCCUCGGUUUAAAAAACGGACAGACAGAAGUCUUAGAGAAACCCAUCCCUGGCGGCGGGAACUUGUGGCAUUGUCACGACAAGAACAACUGGUACGGCUUUUGCAAUUCAGUCUCUGGUACAUACCUUAGUCACAAUGAAGGAGGCAAAGUUCUAGCCACGAAGAAUAGCCUUGAGAUUGACGAAUGCUUUGUUCCAAGGAGGGAAAAGGGUGGUGGGUAUAUCUUACUAACUUGCCAUGAAAAAGAGCUUUUGCAAGUGGCUAUCUCGGACGACGGGAAAUCUUUGGUUGAGAAGAAGGAAGGGGGAGAGGCUUGGGAAUUCAUU